ACCAAAAAGAAAGAAGGGGAAAACGCAUGACUUUCAGGACUUCGCUUUGGGGUUCCUUUGCCCUGUGUUGUGUAAUGCCCCCGUUAUGCCGCAUAAAUAUAUUUUUUAUUAGCCCAAGCUAAAUAUAGAGGGAAUUUGUCCUCCGAGCUCGGAGGACAGUAGGGGUGAUGCAUUUCCCCCCCACGGAUCGAGGUGGUGUGCAGGUGGUGCGCUCCGGACGGGGCCUUGCCUUCUAGCUGCGCCCGGGCGGACGAUCCAGCCAACUCCUCUGCGAUCCCGAGAUGCUGCUGCCGGCGCCGGCGCUCCGCCGCGCCUUGCUAUCCCGCCCCUGGACCCGGGCCGGGCUGCGGCGGAAGCACAUCUCUUCCCUGAAAGUGGCCAACGAGCCCAUCUUAGCCUUCACGAAGGGCAGCCCUGAGCGAGAUGCACUGCAAAAGGCCUUGAAGGACCUGAAAGGCCGGACGGAAGCCAUCCCAUGCGUAGUGGGGGAUGAGGAGGUGUGGACGUCGGACGUGCAGUACCAGGUGUCGCCUUUUAACCAUGGACACAAGGUGGCCAAGUUCUGUUAUGCAGACAAGGGUCUGCUCAACAAAGCCAUCGAGGCUGCCUUGGCUGCCCGGAAAGAGUGGGACCUGAAGCCUGUCGCAGACCGGGCCCAGAUCUUCCUGAAGGCGGCAGACCUGCUGAGUGGGCCGCGCAGAGCCGAGAUCCUGGCCAAGACCAUGGUGGGACAGGGUAAGACCGUGAUCCAGGCGGAGAUUGACGCUGCAGCGGAACUCAUCGACUUCUUCCGGUUCAAUGCCAAGUUUGCAGUGGAGCUGGAGGGGGAACAGCCCCUCAGCAUGCCCCCGAGCACCAACAGCACAGUCUACCGGGGGCUGGAGGGCUUUGUGGCAGCCAUCUCGCCCUUUAACUUCACCGCGAUCGGCGGCAACCUGGCAGGGGCACCAGCCCUGAUGGGCAACGUGGUCCUGUGGAAGCCCAGUGACACCGCCAUGCUGGCCAGCUAUGCUGUCUACCGCGUCCUCCGGGAGGCUGGCCUGCCCCCCAACAUCAUCCAGUUUGUGCCAGCUGAUGGGCCUCUAUUUGGGGACACUGUCACCAGCUCAGAGCACCUCUGUGGCAUCAACUUCACAGGCAGUGUGCCCACCUUCAAACACCUGUGGAAGCAGGUGGCCCAGAACCUGGACAGGUACCGCACCUUCCCACGCCUGGCUGGAGAGUGUGGCGGAAAGAACUUCCACUUCGUGCACCGCUCGGCUGAUGUGGACAGCGUGGUGAGCGGGACCCUGCGCUCAGCCUUCGAGUACGGUGGCCAGAAGUGCUCCGCCUGCUCGCGCCUCUACGUGCCACACUCGCUGUGGCCGCAGAUCAAAAGGCGGCUGCUGGAGGAGCACAGCCGGAUCAAAGUGGGCGACCCUGCAGAGGAUUUUGGGACCUUCUUCUCUGCAGUGAUUGAUGCCAAGUCCUUUGGCCGUAUCAAGAAGUGGCUGGAGCACGCACGCUCCUCGCCCAGCCUCACCAUCCUGGCCGGGGGCAAGUGUGAUGACUCCGUGGGCUACUUUGUGGAACCCUGCAUUGUGGAAAGCAAGGACCCUCAGGAGCCCAUCAUGAAGGAGGAGAUCUUCGGGCCUGUACUGACUGUGUAUGUCUACCCGGAUGAUAAGUACAAGGAGACGCUGCAGCUGGUUGACAGCACCACCAGCUAUGGCCUCACGGGGGCAGUGUUCUCCCAGGAUAAGGAUGUCGUGCAGGAGGCCACAAAGGUGCUCAGGAAUGCUGCCGGCAACUUCUACAUCAACGACAAGUCCACCGGCUCGGUCGUGGGCCAGCAGCCCUUUGGGGGGGCCCGAGCCUCUGGCUGUUGUGUCUUUUCAGAGGGAAACAGAAGUGUCUUUUCCGCAGGAACCAAUGACAAGCCAGGGGGCCCGCACUACAUCCUGCGCUGGACGUCGCCCCAGGUCAUCAAGGAGACACAUAAACCCCUGGGGGACUGGAGCUACGCGUAUAUGCAGUGAGCCGCUCGGGCCUCCACCGUCCACCUGUCUGUCCAUCCAGGCGGCCGACCUCACUGCACAGGCCCCUCUCCAGCCCCUCCACCCCUUCCUUCUUCAUGGACAGCUGCCUUUCUAGAGCCUGGGCUUGACCCCCUUGCUACUACUGUAUUCUGGCCUCUCCCACACCUCAGGCUCUGGUUUGAGACUGUGUUGGGGAGGAACAGGGCCACUACCCCUUGUCCCAUCGGCCGUGUGGGAGAUAUGACCCUGGAGCCUGGCAAGUUCUCCUUCUUCCCUCCCCUGGGCCCAGUGGCUCAGGGACCUGGGGAAAGGAGAUGGAGCAGCUCUCAGAAUCCUUUGGGGAAAAGGAGGCAGCUCUGGGCUCCUCGGCAAACCUCACCACCCACAGAGGCUCCUGGCCUUGAUCCCAGGUCCUCCAGGUGUCCAGGGUGAAGUGUAACCCAGGCUGACUGUGGGGCACAGAGGGCAUCAGCUGGCCUUGCCCUCUCUGGUCCGGGCUGCCUACUUUCCUCACUGUGUCUUGCCCAGACCCACCUGGGCCAGGAGGCCCCUGUACUCAGCCACUCGCCUUAGAUGCCGGCAUGCCUUUCUCCAGGUGCCUGUGUUCUGCCGAGGCUCGUGUGAUUCCUGGUCCGCGCCACAUGGUGGGGCUGGGGGCCCACCGGAGGCUACCUGCCAAGGCGUGGGAUGGGGUGGUUCUGCCGGUUUGGGCUGUAAUUCUGGAAAAUUUUGGAUGGGUCUCAGAUCCUCAGGCCCUACCUCUAGAGACCUCCACUCCUAGAGCCGAUCCCAGGGUCUGGAAUUUCCCUGCAGGAGCUCAGCCACCACAGUGACUUACAUGGAGACACAGGCCGAGGUAGACGCUGCCCCUCCCUUCUCCCAGCCCCCAGAGGCCUGGCCUUGGGUUGGCCAGCCUGGGCCCAGGAGGUUGCCUGUAGAAUCCUCCUCCUCUGCGUGGGAGUGGCUCUGUGUGGGCCAAUCUGUCAUUGGCCCAUUCUUUUUUUGAUGCAGCCAAUCGGUGGCCACGAAUGGCUCCUGGUUGGAUUCUGAGUGGUCAGGGAUUUAUAAAGCGUUGACUUUCAAGGAUCGUUUUUAGGGGACUGUGAAAGUGUUGGGUCAUCCUCCAGGAUGGCUGCAUGGGGGCCCCCCACCCCCGGAGCUGGUGUGGCCAUUCCCCAAGUGCCACUGGCGGGUGCUGGUGCCACCUGGGCCGGGUGUGGGUUCUGUGUCUUUCCAGGAUCUAUGUCAUUUCCCAUGAGGGGCCAGGGCAGGUGGCUGAGGGGACAUGGGCUGGAGUAGUCUCGGUUCUGCUGGUUCUACACUGUGAGGUGGCAAUGGGAUUUGCUCUGAUACCACCCAAUAAAAUGCCUGUUACUUAA